AAUCUGCAAAAGAAAAGCGGAAAUACGUCACAUUUUAAGUGCCAAACUGAUAUUGAUUUUGGCGCGAAUGAAGUGAAUGAAGAAUAAAAUUAUGGAAAUUUAACCCUGAAAGACUAAAUAUUAGUUCAACGAAAUCUUUUUAAAAUGCCCCAAGGAGGAUUAUCUGAUGCUCAGAGUGAAUAUUUAGAAAUUGGCGAGUAUAACUUUUCAUGGCCCGGUGAAAAUGGAACCUUUCACGAUUUUGGUUCUAUGAACUACACAAUGCCAUCAGGACCGUGGUACUGGCCGUGGUGUCCCCUAUGGAGAAUUCCACAACAUCCAUUAUUUCAGCUCUCAAAUGUGCUGUUUGUGGCUGCCUAUUGCGCUCCAAGUACAAAGAAAGGUCAACUUUGGAUGCAUACCAUUUUAAUUUUUGGUUUCAUGCUUUACUCGGUGUGGGCGUGGCACGUGAUAUGUUCGCCCGAUGCGUUCUCUUGGAACUUUGGCUUCGUGUUCCUGAACCUUGCUCAAGUGGUCUACUUAGUCUACGAGAUGAGACCUGUCAAAUUUGAUCCAGAACUAGAAGAGGUCUAUCAUACACUGUUUGAACCUUUCAAGGUAUCAAGACUUCAGUUCAAAAGGAUGGUGUCGCCGGACUUUGCGCACGUAAUGUCGCUGCACGCCGGCGAGGCCUACGCCAUGCAGAACCUUACCAAGACCGACCGGCUGGGACUUUUGCUCUCUGGGAAGGUAAACGCUUUGACUGGACAUCAGUUCCUACAUCCAAUAUUGCCUUGUGAGUUUCUGGAUUCACCGGAGUUUGAAUCGAGCCGAGCAACUAUCGAUGAAAAAUUUAAGGUUUCUAUAGUAGCAGCUUCAUCCUGCCGCUAUGUAUACUGGCAAAGGAGCUCGUUGGAGUACUUAUUCGUGAAAGAGCCCUACCUCGCUUGCGUGGUCACGACAUUGAUCGCUCGUGACAUCACCACCAAGCUAUACGCCAUGAACAAUAAGAUUGUGACGGAAAGAGGCUCGCAUCUAGACAUUCGGCUGCCAAGUAUAUCGCAUGCAUUAGCUCGCAGCCCAAGGAGACUGCGCUCUGCCAACAAGCCGCCGCCGCCGCCCACUACGGUGCAGCCGGUCCCGCCGGAAAAAAGAACCAAUUAUUGGUCGCGAGACACUGAAGCCGCAGCGAAUAUAGCCAAACGCAAUGGCGUUGCAGCAAACUAUCCUGAAGAAGACGAAGAACUUGUACCUCUAGCGGCCCACGAGGCCCCCGCGGCCUCUUCUGACGACCUCUCAGUUGCCGACAGUUGUCCUGACACCUCCUCGAAGUACCACAGCUGCGAAGCAGUCGAGACUGACGACGAUCUAAGACAUUGACAAAGGGACGAUGAUUUGUCAUCACUAUCUCUAGACAGUAUGGAGGAACAGGAGACGUCGCUUACAGUUUGCAACACUAAAACGGUUUCUUCCGUUAGCCUCUUUGCAAUAGAGGAUCCGAAAGUGCUGACAGAUCAAUAGUUUACUAAGUAGCUUGUGAAUAAAAUAGCGUGAACAUUGAAACUUUACAAUAGUAUUUAUUUAAAUGUAUAAUAUUUCAGCUUUUAUUGUGCCUAAUAUUCUUUAUGAUUGAGUGUUGCAAAGAUUUCGUGUUGAAAGAGUGCUUUCGCGAACUUCAAUUUGGAUCAAAUUUUAUUGAUUAAAAAAAAAGAAUAUUAGUCAUUUUAAUCAUGACUAACAUUCCCCUUUCCCCUCCAAAUCUUAAAAUUUGGAGUGGAUACAACAAUAGUGCUAUGGGGUGCGCGUUUGAACUACCGACCUUUCGGAUUUCAGUCUGCUCCUAUAACCGUUCAGCUAUUGAGGCUUAUAUUAAUGGGCUGAUUGUAUUUGUAGGAUGAUAAUAAUUAACACGAAAUCAUUUCUUGUCAACCAAAUUAUAUAAGACGCAGAUAUCUAAGGCUUAAGAAGAAUUGUGUUUAGAAACGCUCUCAAGUUAUAAGUAGGCUAUUUAGAGUCUCAUAUAUGUACGAUGUUAAUAAUAAUAAUUGAUGUUUAUUUAUUCUCACAGAUAUUA